GUCCCAUCCGCUGGUGAUGGGUGACCACUUCCAAUAGGAUAGGAGGGGUUUACGGAAAGGUCUGUUUUAUUCGCUCUCACGCCGAUUUCAUUCGUUCAUCGAUGACUACCGUCUCGAAACGACAGCGCGUGCAUAGAAGUUCACAGCUGAAGUUCAUUUGUAUGCCGGCGGAGAGCCCUGAGAGACAGAAGAACCUUCUGAGCUUGAGCUGUCAGCCGAGAUCAUGAGGAAGAGCCGGAGCGUCUUGGCAGUGACACCUAGCGAUGAAAGCAAGGACCUCUCAGCAUGUACGUCUUCUGGAGCCACGUUGGGUGUGGAUCUCUGGCGAGGCCCCAGACGCCACUCAGGAACCCUUGUGUUGCCGCCGUUGUCAUGGAGACAGGCAGAGAGGGCCCGCAGUCCUCAAGAAGAUCAUGUUUCCAGACCAACGUCACUGGGCUUCAUUACUCCGCCGCGUAUAGAUAUCACACCAGUGCCGCCUGAUAGUUUGGAGGUGGAGAAUGGCCCCUCCAUCGGCUGUAGUCCACUGGACCUGCAGGCCUCACCGGGCUCUGGUUUGGUCCUUCAUCCCAACAUGGCCAGUCACGGUCAGCGGCGGGAGUCUUUCCUUUACCGCUCGGACAGCGACUACGACCUCUCUCCCAAAUCCACCUCUCGCAACUCCUCGCUUGUUGGGGAGCAGCUACACGGUGAAGACCUGAUUGUCACUCCUUUUGCUCAGGUGCUUGCAAGUCUUCGUACCGUUAGGAAUAAUUUCAGCAUCCUGACAAAUGUCCAGUGUCCCUCCAGCAAAAGAUCACCAGUCAGCAGUCAACCGCCGGUGACCAAAGCCAACCUGUCAGAUGAAUCCUACCAGAAGCUGGCCGUGGAGACCAUGGAGGAGCUAGACUGGUGCCUGGACCAGCUGGAGACCAUCCAGACGUACCGCUCCGUCAGUGACAUGGCCUCUAAUAAGUUCAAGAGGAUGUUGAAUCGGGAGCUGACACAUCUGUCUGAGAUGAGUCGCUCUGGAAACCAGGUGUCUGAGUUCAUCUCCAACACAUUCUUAGAUAAGCAGAAUGAACUGGAGAUCCCAUCGCCCACUCCUAAAUCGCGGGACAGGAAGAGGAGGCAGCAGCAGCUGAUGACUCAGAUCAGCGGCGUGAGGAAGGUCACGCACGGCCCGGGUCUGUCCGGCAGCUGCGGCACGGCUCGCUUCGGCGUCAAAACUGAUUUGGAGGACUUGCUCUCAAAGGACCUGGAAGACAUCAACAAAUGGGGUCUGAACAUCUUUAAAGUUUCAGAGCACUCUCACCAUCGGCCGCUGACCUGCAUCAUGUAUGCCAUCUUUCAGGAGAGAGAUCUAAUGAAGACAUUUAAGAUCCCUGUGGAUACCUUCGUGACGUACAUGAUGACCCUUGAAGAUCACUACCACGCAGACGUGGCUUAUCACAACAGUCUACACGCGGCCGACGUGGCCCAGUCCACUCACAUCCUGCUCUCAACACCCGCACUGGAUGCCGUCUUUACAGACCUGGAGAUCCUGGCCGCUAUCUUUGCAGCAGCCAUCCAUGAUGUGGACCACCCAGGAGUCUCCAACCAGUUCCUAAUUAAUACCAACUCGGAGCUGGCUCUCAUGUACAAUGAUGAGUCUGUUCUGGAGAACCAUCACCUAGCGGUUGGCUUCAAGCUCUUGCAAGGGGAAAACUGUGAUAUCUUCCAAAACCUCACCAAGAAGCAACGCCAGACUCUCAGGAAGAUGGUCAUUGAUAUGGUACUAGCAACGGACAUGUCCAAGCACAUGAGCUUACUGGCUGACUUGAAGACGAUGGUCGAGACUAAGAAAGUGACCAGUUCAGGAGUGCUGCUACUGGACAACUACACGGACCGGAUACAGGUCUUACGAAAUAUGGUCCACUGUGCCGAUCUCAGCAAUCCCACCAAGCCAUUAGACCUGUACCGGCAAUGGACGGACCGCAUUAUGGAGGAGUUCUUCCACCAGGGUGACCGAGAGAGAGAGCGAGGCAUGGAGAUCAGCCCGAUGUGUGACAAACACACCGCUUCAGUGGAGAAGUCUCAGGUUGGUUUCAUUGAUUACAUCGUGCAUCCACUAUGGGAGACCUGGGCGGACCUGGUGCAUCCGGAUGCGCAGGAUAUCUUGGACACUUUAGAGGAGAACAGGAACUGGUACCACAGCAUGAUACCGCAGAGUCCCUCCCCUCCCUUCUUCGAAACGGGAACCGAUGGCGGAGACAAGUUUCAGUUCGAGUUGGAGGUUGAGGAAGGAGCGAAGCUGGACUCAGAGAACCUCUUAGAGUCAGGCUGUGUGGAGAUAGUGACGCAUUCGCCUCCGUCCUCCGAGACGUAGCACCUCACUACAAUGGCCGUCGUGUUGGCCAUAUUUGAUGAGAGAGUAAAGCGGAGGAACGUUAUUCUCCCGCUUCCUGAGAAUCUCCCGCCGCGUCUCAGGACUCUGCUCUUGUUUCAGAGCCCGAAUCUGGAUCGAGCGAACAUCCCACACAAUCUAGCUGGAAUUUGCAGGAAUCCAUUCAUUGCCAGAUGCGGAGGGACGGACUGCUGUACCGAAAGUGCCAUAAGCUGGAUUUUUUAAAAUCAGACGUUACAGUUUGAUGCGAAUGUUAGGGUGGGUUUCUGUGAAGGCGAAAGGCUGACCCUCUGUUAAGAGGGCUUUGUACUAAAAAGCGACUUUUUUGUAAAGAAAAGUGACUACUUUUUUGUACCUGUGUGUUCUUGUGUGACUUUUUUUGGUGUCACAUCCAACUACUCCUUUGGAAACGUGAAAGAUGCUGUCACGCCGAGAGCAAAAGCAUGUAAUUCCCAUGCAGUCUUCCUAAAUUUUGGACUUCAGAAUAAUCUAGUGCCAGCAUACUUUAUUCAAGUAAUACAAAACCUUUGUAUUUUGUAACGAACUGUUUCUCUUUUAAAAAGGCGUUCUUAUUAAGCGAUACGAUUAAUGUGACGUUUUAUGUCGUAUUAAAUAAAAACAGGAUCCAAAGACUCCA